UCGAAGCGGAACCGAAACGGGGCGCCCCCACAUGCCCCGAAAUUUUUAUCCGUUCGAAUCGCGCGGAGCUCGUGCUUGAAGGGGGGAAGAAGCCUUGCCACCUUAACACAUCGCGGCGGCUGCGCUGCGCUGCGCUGCCUGCCACCCCACCAGAUCCGGAGAUUCCGCCGCGGCGCUGGAGCGAGCUCGUGCUGCAAUGGCAGCGCCUCGCCCCUGAUCCGGUCCGCCCCCCUCCCAAUGGACUCCGCCCGCAGCUGGCUCCAGAAGCUGCAGCCGCGGGACAAGGACAGGGGCAAGCCGGCGUCGCCCACCGCCGCCGCGAUGGCCGAGGAGGAGGCGAUCUCGAGCGCCACUACCGCCAAGGUGGCGGCCGCCAAGCAGUUCAUCGAGAACCACUACAAGGACCAGAAGAGGUUGAUAGAGCAGCGCAACGAGAGGCGUCGGAUGUUGGAGAGUGAGCUUGCAGAUGCUGAUGUAUCUGAAGAGGAGCAAAAUAAUAUUCUGAAGGACUUUGAAGAAAGGGAAAAUGAAAUCAUGCGCUCAAGGAGGCAUAAAAUGGGCGUUGAUGAUUUUGAAUUGCUGACCAUUAUUGGAAGAGGUGCAUUUGGGGAGGUGAGGCUUUGCAGAGAAAAAGCUACAUCAAAUGUCUAUGCAAUGAAAAAGCUUAAGAAGUCUGAAAUGUUACGAAGGGGCCAGGUUGAGCAUGUGCGAGCUGAAAGGAAUCUCCUUGCAGAGGUUGACAGUGCCUAUAUUGUUAAGCUUUAUUGCUCAUUUCAAGAUGAAGAGUUUUUAUACCUUGUUAUGGAAUACCUUCCUGGUGGUGACAUGAUGACUCUAUUAAUGCGCAAGGAUACACUGACAGAGGACGAAUCUAGAUUUUAUAUUGCAGAGACAAUUCUAGCAAUUGAAUCCAUACACAAGCACAAUUAUAUUCAUAGGGAUAUCAAGCCUGACAAUUUGCUGUUAGAUCGAAGUGGCCACCUGAAGCUUUCAGAUUUUGGCUUAUGCAAACCACUAGAUAGUAGUAGCUUUCCAAAUCUGAGUGAGUUUGACUAUGCAGCGGGAAAAAAUGCCAAUCUGUCAACAGAUGGUGAUAAACUAUUAAGUAACUAUGCUGCCACCAGGACACAACAGGAACAGCUAUUGCACUGGCAGAAGAAUCGGCGGACACUGGCUUAUUCAACUGUUGGUACACCUGAUUACAUUGCUCCGGAGGUACUAUUGAAGAAAGGAUAUGGAAUGGAAUGUGACUUGUGGUCACUUGGAGCCAUUAUGUAUGAGAUGCUUGUGGGUUAUCCACCAUUUUAUUCAGAAGAUCCAAUGUCAACAUGUAGGAAGAUAGUGAACUGGAGAAGUCAUCUAAAAUUCCCUGAAGAGUCCAAACUAUCACCAGAAGCUAAAGAUCUUGUUAGCAAGCUAUUAUGUAAUGCAGAUUUGAGGCUUGGAACAAAAGGAGCACAUGAGCUAAAGGCACACCCAUGGUUCAAAGGCCUUGAGUGGGAGAAGCUGUAUCAGAUGGAGGCUGCUUUUAUACCUGAGGUUAAUGAUGAAUUGGACACACAAAAUUUUGAGAAAUUUGAGGAGAUUGGUCCCAUGCAAACGUCAUCAAAGGCAGGUCCUUGGAGAAAGAUGCUUUCCUCCAAGGACACGAAUUUCCUCAAUUUUACCUACAAAAACCUUGAACUAUCAGAUGAUCCUGAACAUCCAGGAAUAGCUCAAGUAAAGAAAAAGAAUAACAAGCCAACACGACGAACCUUUAAAUCAAUAUUGCAUGAAUUUGAUGAAACUGAAGACGAACCUCAAAGCAGUUCCUUGAACUCAAUGGCAUCACAAUUGGAUGAGUUACCCGAGAGCCUUGAGCCUUCACCUCACUCUAGUAUCUCCUCAGAAGAUUCCCAGUCGCGACAUAGAUAGCAGUUAGUAAGUUGAAGUGGGUGGGGAGCAGGGUACAUAAUAGCCUUUGGGUCUAAAAGGCCACAUGGAUGGAGCACUAUCUUUGGAACCUAAUGGAUAUUCAGAAGACAAAUUUGGAUGUAGAAAAGCUCCAAAAAGAUGUGCUAUUGAAUAGCGGGUGGGGUGUCCCAAUAGCCAUUUCUUACAUUGGAGCCCUUAGCAUUUCUUUCCCAACAAUCCCGUGCUGGUUGGUAAACUACAGAUGGGUAUCCGUAUUCUUUUGUUCUGUAAAUUUGUUGGUACUGUCAUUUUGUGCAGGGUUGGGAUUCAUUCUUUUGAUGGGAACAUGUCAUGCGUAUGCUGCCAGCUUUUUAUUUGUGCAGAAAUCUGCAUAUCCACCUUGUCAUAAGCAUUUUUUGGACUGCAAAUUUCCAUGAAACAAAGAACAACUGCUAUUCCUGUCU